AAGUAUUUAAUUGCUUUUCUCUCUCUCCAUUGGGUCCCUUUCUUGAGUGUUCUCGUAAAUUUGCAAUUCCGUGGCAAUUCCGCCAGAAUUCCCACUCCUUCCCCCGCAGCAAAAUCCCGGAAAAUCACAUUUCUUUCAAUCCGAAGGAAAACUAAAAUCACACACAAAGAGAAAGAAAUCUGUGUAUGAAUAUAUAUAACAUCAUAUAUAUACUCCAUAAAUGAGCAGGCUUUUUCUACGGUUUUAGUUGCUGAACUCAGCGUGUGACUCGAUUAAGCUAGCAUAUUUGCUAUGGCUCCAGAUAAUUCUGCUGAAUCAAAUCAGCGAAAGCCUGGGCUCUUAAAAGAUCAAGUUCGGUUGGUUAAGCGAAAGGAUAUUGAUCGAUAUGAGAUUGUCCCUAUACAUGAUCCUCUGUCAUUUGAGAAGGGUUUCUUUAUAGUUAUCCGUGCAUGCCAAUUGUUAGCCCAAAAAAAUGAUGGGCUGAUAUUAGUAGGGUUAGCUGGUCCAUCCGGAGCUGGGAAGACUGUGUUUACUGAGAAAAUACUCAACUUUAUGCCCAGCAUUGGUGUCAUAUCAAUGGACAACUACAAUGAUUCUAGUCGAAUUAUUGAUGGCAACUUUGAUGACCCACGCUUGACGGACUAUGACACAUUGCUCAAGAAUAUCUAUGACCUAAAGGAAGGGAAGCAGGUUGAGAUUCCCAUAUAUGAUUUCAAGUCUAGUUCCCGCACAGGAUACAGGACACUCGAAGUUCCAAGCUCCCGUAUUGUGGUUAUUGAAGGUAUCUAUGCUUUGAGUGAAAAGUUGAGGCCUUUACUGGAUCUUCGAGUAUCCGUUACAGGUGGAGUGCACUUUGACCUUGUUAAACGGGUAUUGCGGGACAUACAACGUGCUGGGCAAGAGCCAGAAGAAAUAAUCCAUCAGAUAUCUGAAACGGUAUAUCCAAUGUACAAGGCGUUUAUUGAGCCAGAUCUUCAAACAGCACAUAUAAAAAUCAUCAACAAGUUCAACCCAUUCACAGGAUUUCAGUCUCCUAUUUACAUUUUAAAGUCAUCAAAGAAAGUGACAGUGGAUGAAAUCAAGGCUGUCAUGUCAGAAGAACACACGGAAACAAUGGAGCAGACUUAUGAUAUUUAUCUUCUACCACCUGGUGAAGAUCCUGAAUCAUGCCAAUCAUAUUUGAGGAUGCGGAACAAAGAUGGAAAAUACAAUCUCAUGUUUGAGGAAUGGGUUACAGAUUCUCCAUUUGUCAUAUCACCAAGAAUAACUUUUGAAGUCAGUGUGCGGCUUCUUGGUGGCUUGAUGGCCUUGGGAUACACGAUAGCAGCUAUCCUAAAACGAAGUAGCCAUGUAUUCUCUGAUGAAAGGGUGUGUGUGAAAAUUGAUUGGUUAGAACAACUGAACCGCCAUUAUGUUCAGGUGCAAGGAAAAGAUCGCCUACUUGUAAAGUAUGUGGCUGAGCAGUUGGAACUGGAAGGGUCAUACGUUCCUCGUACUUAUAUAGAACAAAUACAGCUGGAGAAACUUGUAGAUGAGGUUAUGGCAUUACCAGAUGACUUGAAGACAAAACUCAGCAUGGAUGAUGAUCUGGUGGUAGCAAGUCCCAAAGAAGCACUUUCUCGAGCUGCAGAGAGGGUUGCCAUGAGAAAUAAGAAUCUCAGGAGUGGUAUGUCACAUUCAUAUUCAACACAACGGGACAAAAAUCUGUCAAAGAUGACUGGAUUUUCUGCCAAUAACCAACGGUUUGAUGACAGGACAACAGAAUCACAAGCGGCAUUAGCAAACCAGGGAGUUAUCACGCAGCUGUCAGAACAAAUUUCCACACUCAAUGACCGGAUGGAUGAGUUCACAUCUCGGAUUGAAGAACUGAAUUCCAAGUUAACCAGCAAGAGAGUUUCUGGCAGCCAACAAAACAUGGCUCUGCACGCUGAAGCCUGCAAUGGAUCUGCUCCUACUUCUUACUUCAUCUCUGGUUUAGGCAAUGGUUCCUUGACUGGAUCUAUAAUGCCUAAUUCGUCAUCUUCCUCCCAGUUAGCAAAGGAAUCUCCAUUAAUGGAGGAGAUUUCAACUAUUGCUCGUGGACAACGUCAAAUCUUGCAUCAGAUGGAUAAUCUUAGCUGUCUUUUUGGUGAGACCUUGAGAGAGAAGCCACGCCACCAAGCAAGAACGGAUAGGAAAAGCAUAAUGGCUGACAUUGAACCAAUUAGGGCUUCUCUGAUUUUAACUUUGGCGGUUGGUGGUUUGGGAAUCUUCUUGUUUAAGAGUUUUCUACCUCGAAAUUGACUUCUAGCAGCAACUAACUUUGAAAUCUUCAUUUCUUUUCCUUUUUUUAACGGUUUUUCAUUUUGGGUCAUACCAAAUAUGUUGCAAUGCCACCCUUGAGCUCGGGGAAGGACAGACUGCUGAUAACCGGAGGCAAAUAAACGCUCUCAAGGUUAUCUUUUGAGGUUUGUUAAAGAAGGGUGUGCUUUGGCAAAUUUUGUAAUUGGUAGAGAGCCCUAGAAGUUUUAGCAGAAAUGUUUUUCCUAUGACCUCUUCAAAAGUUCAAUCAAUACAAGUAUAGGAAAAAUAUAUGAAUUCCAUCUCAAAUUUUACUCUUCAACUACAGAUUAUGAAUGACAAGUUCAUAAAACAUA